AUGGCGGAACGAUCCAUGGCAAAUGCCAAAGAGGCCACCCAGAACUUUUCAAAGGAGAAGCAGAGCCCGCUGGCUGCCAAUUCAAACUCCACAUCGAAACCCGGCAUCACCUUUGCGGCGCAAGACAAACUCCCCAAGCUCCCCAUUCCGGACCUCGAGGACACCUGCAAGCGCUAUCUCGCCUCUCUGGAGCCUCUACAAUCCGCCAGGGAAUAUGCCGAGAGCAAACGAGCCGUCGACAGCUUCCUCCACAACGAAGGGCCUGACCUUCAGGAGAAGUUGAAGGCAUAUUCCGCUGGCAAGAGCAGCUACAUCGAGCAAUUCUGGUACGACUCAUAUCUCAACUACGACAAUCCUGUGGUCCUCAACCUCAAUCCAUUCUUCUUGCUAGAGGAUGAUCCUACACCUGCUCGAAACAACCAGGUCACCCGCGCAGCGUCGCUGGUCGUCUCGGCGCUCUCCUUUGUACGCGCGGUCCGUCGUGAAGAGCUUCCUCCGGAUCAGAUUCGCGGCCAGCCGUUAUGCAUGUAUCAAUAUUCGCGACUCUUUGGUACCGCACGCAUUCCCACUGCAGACGGCUGCCACAUCGGUCAGGAUCCGACCUCGAAACAUAUCAUCGUCAUGUGUAGAGGUCAAUUCUACUGGUUCGAUGUUUUGGAUGACAACCACGACCUGAUCAUGACGGAGAAAGACGUCAGCAUCAAUCUACAGGUCAUCUGCGACGAUGCCGAACUCACACCCAUCGGGGAUGCUGCGAAGAGCGCUGUCGGGGUGUUGAGCACGGAGAACCGCGCGACUUGGUCUGGCCUGCGUGAGCUGAUCGGCAAGGACGAGGGAUCCAACAACAGCGAUUGCUUGAAUAUGGUCGACUCGGCGCUCUUCAUCCUGUGCCUGGAUUAUACCGAGCCAUCGAGCAGCUCCGACCUCUGUAUGAAUAUGCUUUGCGGCACCUCCGAGAUUGAACGAGGUGUCCAAGUCGGCACCUGCACGAAUCGAUGGUACGACAAGCUGCAGAUCAUCGUGUGCAAAAACGGCAGCGCCGGCAUCAACUUUGAACACACCGGUGUGGACGGCCAUACUGUCCUCCGCUUCGCAUCCGAUCUAUACACCGACACUAUUCUACGGUUUGCACGAACCAUCAACGGACAGGCGCCGACGCUAUGGGCGUCUCAAUCCCCCGAUCCAUCGAAACGCGAUCCGGAGAGCUUUGGCGAUGUCAACACCACGCCUCACAAGCUCGACUGGGACAUGGUGCCGGAACUUUCGACCGCGCUGCGCUUCGCCGAGACCCGAUUGGCGGACCUCAUCCAGCAGAACGAGUUCCAGACGCUCGAGUUCGAGACCUACGGCAAGAAUUUCAUGACCUCGAUGGGCUUCUCCCCCGACGCAUUCGUGCAGAUGGCCUUCCAAGCAGCGUAUUACGGCAUGUACGGUCGGAUCGAGAGCACGUACGAGCCCGCGAUGACGAAAAUGUACUAUCACGGCCGGACCGAAGCCAUCCGCCCCGUCACGCAGGAGAGCGUCGAGUUCCUGCAGACCUUCUGGGCCGACACCACCCCCGAGAAAAAGGUCGAGGCUCUCAAGAAGGCAUGCGGCAAGCACACCGCCAUCACGAAGGAAUGCUCACAGGCCCAGGGCCACGACCGACACCUCUACGCCCUCCUGAGCCUCUGGCAGAGGAUGCUCGACGGCCACGCCGAUGGGAUCCUCGCCGACGGGAAACCCGACGCCGACCCCGGCCCCACCGACGAAGUCAAAAGCAGCAAACCCAACCACAGCCAAAGCCCCGCCCGGCACCAACACCUCAGCCCGAUGCCGGCCAUCUUCGCCGACGCCGGCUUCGACAAGAUCAACGCCACCAUCCUCAGCACCUCGAACUGCGGCAACCCGUCGCUCCGGCAUUUCGGCUUCGGCCCGACCAGCGGCUCCGGCUUCGGCAUCGGCUACAUCAUCAAGGAGGGCAGCGUGUCCAUCUGCGCCAGCAGCAAGCACCGCCAGACCCGGCGCUACAUCGACGCCCUGGAGUCCUACUUCCUCGAGGUCCGCAAGCUGCUCCGCCAGCUCCACCGGGACCGCGUGCCCACCAACAAGAACGCCUCCCGCGCCCGCGAGGUCGACGACGGCCACCGGCCCAAGGGCUCGCGCCUGAAGAGCACCGGCCGCAUGGCCGACGAUGAGCUGGGCGGCUACGGCUUCUUCGACGCCGGAAUGCUCCUCCAGGCCCUCAAGGCCAAGGAGGAGAAAGAGGUCCGGCCGAGCGAGAAGGUGGCGCAACGGCGCGAGGUGGGCAAGAGGCUCCGGCUGAUGGAGUAUUAG